AGGUGGGGUUUAGAGUAUACAUUAGUGUCCGACAGAAUACUUGGAAAAAUUCUCUGUGCCACAAUGCACAGGAAAUAGUUAAAAACGUGACGAUAUUUCCAGAAUUUGCCAGCUUCCGGGAAAAAUAUUCGCAUGAGUAAGCUCAUAAUAGCUGGUUGUCUGUGGAUGACUCAAAGUCAAUUGAAUUUAUUUGCUAUUCGUUUGUUUACUGUUCGUCUACAACAUAACAAAACAUAAGAAAGGAGAACAGAAGUACCUACAUCAGGCUGAAAAUAGCUCUCACUGAUGACGGAAGAUCGUUCAUCCACUAGCAGCACUAUUAAUGUCGGGUCUAGGUGUAGUGAGUUGGCUCUGUGCCAAACAAACCUUGUCAUACAGAGGCUAAAAGAACAGGAUCCUCAGCUUAACUUCAACGUUAUCAAGAUGACUACCAAAGGUGAUCAAAUUCUGGACAAAGCUCUGAAUAAGAUUGGCGGUAAAAGUCUCUUCACCAAAGAGUUAGAGAUAGCGCUGGACAAUGGACAGGUUGAUUUUGUUGUGCACAGUUUGAAAGAUCUGCCAACAACCCUACCACCGGGACUAACCAUCGGCGCGGUGAUAAAGCGCCACGAUCCCCGGGACUGCGUGGUACUUCACGCAAAGCACCGGGCAGUGACGCGUCUGUCAGCUCUGCCUGCAGGAUCAGUGCUAGGAACUAGCUCACUACGUAGGAUAGCACAACUCGCCCGCCACUACCCUCACUUGCAAUUCGAGAAUAUUCGAGGUAACCUGAACACCCGGCUGCGUAAACUUGACGAUGAUAAUAAAUAUGAUGGAAUAGUGUUAGCCGCAGCAGGGAUCGAGCGCUUGGGAUGGAAGGACAGGGUUAAUGUGUAUUUGGAGAAACAUGACAUGAUGUACGCAGUGAGUCAGGGUGCAAUGGCUGUCGAGUGCAGAGAAGAUGACGUUGAGACAAUAUCCAUGUUAUCAAAGAUCCACGAUCAGCACACUGCACUGCGCGUAACAGCAGAGCGUGUGUUCAUGAAGGAGCUGGAUGGCGGCUGCAGUGUGCCCCUGGGAACAUGGAGUGUGCUAGAUAAGAAUGAGUUGCAUUUGUCGGGUGCAGUAUUCAGUAUCGACGGUAAAGAGAUGUUGUUUAGCGAACGAACUGAGAGAAUGCCAUCAAACGAGUUCUUGCCUCACCCGCCUGCCCUGUUUCCUACUUCUGAUUUCUUCUCACACCACCAGGUUGACAUGAUACACGGACAAAGACCCAGACUAACAUCCGAUGUGCUCUCAGUUAAGGGACUGUUGAAUAACAACAUCAUAGUUCACAGGACUGGCAUGUGCUGUUCUACUAAUGAUGUUUCCAAGUACGAUUGCGCGGAGCGGUGUGGGUUGCAAAUUGCUGCGUCACUCAUCCGUAAAGGUGCUAGAGAUGUCCUAGAUCGGGCUAGAGCAGCUGGGAAUGCUGAAAAUGUGAAUGAAGCUCCAAAGAAAUUUGUAGUGGAAAAGAAAAGUAUAAUAGAUUCAACUCCAAGGACCGAUGAACAUUUAGUCGAUUCAACACCAGGGACUAGUAGUGAAGGUAUAGUUAGUUUAGAGGAUAUUGUUCCUGAAGUAACGAACCAUAAUUUUAAUUCAUUAGAAGGACCACCGUGUAAAAAAUCAAGACAGUCUAGUUCAUCAUAGAUAAACUUCUCGACCGUUUUCAGAAUUCAAGGUCUUUUCGCAAAUAGGGAUUGAUGUAGAGUUUCUAAAAAUACGCUUUUGUAUUUACAAUUUAGACAAGUAGUUCAUCAUUAUUUGUCUUGGAUUGAUAAGUUAUUAUUUUUACAAGAGUCAUUUUGUCUUUUGAAUGCGCAUUUUACUUUUCAUGACCCUAUAUCUAUAAUUGCCAUUUCCCCAAUGCAGGGUGUGCUUUGUGACCCCAUAUAAUUAAAGCAUGGCCCUUUAACUUGUACAUUUUAUCGUUACCCUCUAUAUUAUACUAAAUAGCCUGAGCAAUUUAUUAAUUUUUAUUCAUUAGUGUAUAAAGUAAAGUAACUUUUACUAAAGUUUCUUUAAGUUAUGAAGUUAUGCCUUAUGGAAACCCAUUACCCGGUUUCUAAGAUCCCAUUUUAGUUUUUAAAAGGAGUAAGUACUCUUUGCAAGGUGAUAGCAAGAUUUUAUAACAUAUCCAAAAAAUAUUCGAUGAUUGCUGGUUUGAGUGAAGAUGGAAAUUAUCGUAUGUUUCUAAAUAAUCCAUUUAAAACUUUUCGGUGAGCAUAAAAACUUUUGUUGAAACUUUCUGCUUUUGUAUUCUGAAAA